GCUUCAGGCAGCCGCUAUGUUAGAGUCUUGUGUUUGCGUGCGGUGGCUACUGGGCGCUUGACAACAAAGAUUUCAUCUCGGGUGAGUCGCUCCAAAGUAAUCACACUGAGGUAAAGGCAGUUCUUUUGUGGCUGAGAUAUGGACUGGUUCACUAAGGGAAGGCAACUGAAGGUAGUGAGAAAGAACAAAAUGAAGACAAGGAGAAGCUGACGACUCUGGAUUGUUGUUUCACUUUCACUAUGGAUUCAGCUUUGGAGAUGCAGACAUAGACUUUUACAAGAGACCGUUUCUGAGGAGAUAAGAUCUAAGAGGACACUGAGGUUUGGACUGAGCUCCCUCAGCCAAUGGCUACAAUAGAAACCAAAGGUACCAGCAGCUGCAGCACUGCUGCAGGACUCUCAUGGGCACGGGUCUGUAAGGAGUGUGGCCAGCAGCAUGAUGGCCAGGACAGCCACCUGUAUGAGUACCAGGACGAGGUGGACGACGAGCUGGUCUGCCACAUCUGUCUGCAGCCCCUGCUCAAACCCAUGGACACCCCUUGUGGCCACACUUACUGCUUUCACUGUCUGAGCAACUUCUUAAAAGAGCAGGACUUCUGCCCCGUGGACCGCCAGCGGCUGCAGUUGCAUCAGUGCCGUCCCUCCAGCCUGCUGGUCAGGAACCUACUGGAUAAGCUGAUCGUAAUGUGUCCUCACUACGACGAGUGCCAGCAGCAGAUGCAGCGCUGUGAACUGCAGCCUCACUUGCACAACAGAUGUCCUGUUUUCAGAAGACUGAAGGAGGAAGCAGAGAAAAGGAAGAGGCCCUCGUGGAAUGAGUUAAAGGGACGCAAGAGUGACGGGGAGUCGCCCGGUGAUGCCAAACACUCGGCAACGUUGUCUUCUCGAAAUCCCAGCCGGGAUCAGCCUGAGCCUGGGCUGAUUAAUCCUGCCUAUGAGGAGAGCGAGGAUGAUAACACCCCUCUGCGGUCUAGUCUGGUGGCCGAGGCCAACAUGGUGGAACUGUUCAGAGAGGAGCCGGAGGAGGAGCUGGGCUUCCGCAUCGUGGGGGGGAAAGACACACCGCUGGGGAACAUAGUGAUCCAGGAGAUUGUCAGGGACUCACUGGCAGGGCGUGAUGGCAGACUGGCCCCAGGGGACCAUAUCUUAGAGGUGAAUGAUAUCAGCUUGGCUUCAGUCCCCCACGCACGGGCCGUCGCAGUGCUGCGGCAGCCUUCCCUCCUCAGACUCACUGUCAUGCAGGAGAAAGGUUUCAAAACAAGGGAUCCACGGUCUGAUCAUCACGCUCCCUCUUCCACCACUUCCACCGUGCUGCAGCCCUCUCAGAGUCCCCACGGCAACGCUACCUCCAGUCACAACCCCGGCACAGUCCUGCAGGUGACGCUGAUGAAGAGUCAGCGCAGCGAACCGCUCGGAAUCAAACUCAUCCGCAAAUCGGACGAGAGUGGGGUUUUCAUCCUGGACUUGUUGUCUGGGGGUUUGGCAGCAAAAGAUGGAAAACUGAGGAACAAUGACAAAGUGUUGGCCAUUAAUGGACACGACCUCAGACAUGGUACACCGGAGAGCGCUGCCCAGAUCAUACAGGCCAGUGAGGUACGUGUGAACUUUGUGGUGAUGAGACCUGCAGAGACUCAGGAGGAAGGAGGAAGCAGCAGAGAGGGACAACAGGGACGAGCAGCGAGGAGGGCGCCUGAGCCCCAGUACUUCAGACGACAGUCCACAUACAUGAAGGAUCCUCCAGGUGGGUUUUCCAGCCAUGAGAAGACUGUGAGUCUGAAGAAGGAGCCUCGGCUUUCACUGGGCAUCACCAUUGCCGGGGGGAGGGACUGUCGCAGCCGCCUGCCUGUUUACAUCACAAGUGUGCAGCCUGUCGGCUGUCUGCACCGAGAUGGAACCAUCAAAAGAGGUGACAUUCUCCUGAGCAUCAAUGGUGUGGAUCUGACCCAGUUUACCUACAACGAGGCCGUUUCGGUGCUGAAGGCUCAGACAGCUCAGGCCCAGGUGGUGCUGCGAGUCAUCCAGACGCUCUCCGAUGACUCAGAGGAGGAAACCGAGGCCGCCACCAUGGACGAACUGGACCUUAUGGACGACCCGCGAGAUGACGCCCUCAACUGGACGCCGCUGUGGACUCGCUGGUUGGGAUUACCGAGCCACAUGCACUGGUGCCGGGACAUCGUCCUGCAGAAGACCAACAACGAGAGCUGGGGCUUCAGUAUCGUCGGGGGGUACGAGGAGAGCCACGGCCAGCAGCCUUUCUUCAUCAAAACCAUUGUGCCUGGUACACCUGCUCACUUUGACGGACGCCUCAAGUGCGGUGAUGAGAUUGUGGCGGUGAACGGAGCCACGACGGUGGGAAUGAACAACUCGUCUCUCAUCCCCAUGCUCAAGCUGCAGAAGAACAAAGUCACACUGACUGUGGUGUCGUGGCCCGGGAGUCUAGUGUAGAACACACAUGAGCACAUUCACUCUCUAAUCCUCUCUCUCUCUCUCUCUCUCUCUCUCUCUCUCUCUCUCUCUCUCUCUCUCUCACACACACACUCUGCCCUGUUCAGCUGCAUUCUUGACUGGGCCACUCAUUGACUCUUCCAUAUGUAACUCACUGUUUGGUUACGUUCUUGUUCGGGCUUUUAAUUAGUCAUGUAACACGUGUGUACAUACGAGCCGUCCUGUGUGCAGGUACCUGUUUGUGUCAGUGUCUGGUGAACUCGCAGAGCAGUUUAAUCAGGGUGCAAAGAUGAUGACAAUCAGUGAAGUACUCAAAACACUACGGACAAACUGGAAGGAUUGUUGUUGUUUUUUUCAGACGCCGGUUUUACCCUCUUCUGAAGCUUUAUAUAUAUUUUAGCUUAAAUACGUUGGAUGAUGUUAUCGUUUAGUGGUGACUUGAUUCAAGUGAUUCACAUAAACAGAAUCCAAAGAUGAAAUGUAGAUCUGACAGAACAUGUAGAAAGUUAUGUAUUGAUGAAUAGUAGGUGACUAUAUAUAAAAGAAAAUGGCUGCUGAGUGUAAAGUCUGAUGCCAAAGACAGAAACAAAUCCUCCUCUCUUUUAACUGGUGUAUCACUAGUGUGAUUUUUAUCAACUUUAUUAUUAUUGCACUUUCAAAACGUGCAGCAGAACAAUUAAGCCAUGUUGGAAAAGUAAGAAUGGAUUAUAAAAACAAACAUGUAGAUUACUUUAAAGGUAAAUAAAAGAACUACACUCACAUUUGGUCUGAAACUGACACUGGCUUGAUUCCAAUGGGAACAUUCUGUUGAAUAAUCGGAGGUUCAGUCUUAUUCAAGCCAUAAAAGUGAUCAGUAUAAACGUACUCUCCUGUAAAAGUCACUUGAAACCUGCGUGGACCAUUUUACCAGAGCUGCAUAGGUAGGAAACAGCUUGGGUCCAAGUUUAUUUCCUGUUAGUUCUUAUUUUAGCGACAGGAAAUAAACCAGGACACAUUAUAAUAGUUGUUUUAAACUGUGAGUGGGUCUAAAGAAGCGAAUAAACCUGUGAUGAAUGUUUGGUAUUGAUGCAUAAACAAGAUAACUUUUUGUCAUUUGAUCCAUGUCCGUGUAUGAGUGCUCUGUAUUUGAAAUGCCUCCAAUUGAUGGACUCUGACAAGUGGGUGCCUUGUCGACACUGAAGGACAAACCAGAACGUAUACUUGCCUUAAAUUGCCGCUCUACCAAAAUGUGUUUGCUCAUUCUUUUCCUGUCAUGAUAAAGUGUAUUUAUCUUGAAUAUGAAUUUGAAGAUGAAUGGCCUGGUCCAGAUGAAUUUACUCUUUGUGUCAACACAUUCCCAGUGGCCUUUUCUUGUAUCUUAACUGGUGCGAGAUUUAUAGAAUAAUCCAGAAUAUCACCACAGAAUUAGUUUUUGAAUCAGAGUGACUCUGAAAUAUUAAUUGUCUGCGUUGGCCUGUCCAAUGUUACAUUAUGUUCAAUAAAAUCAUAAUAAUAA